AGGCUGACGUUGGAUCGGGCGGGUCGGGUCCCUGGGCCCGGUAACCCGGAGGAGGAGUUUGCGGUGAUGGCGGACGUUGAUGCGUCAGCGGUUGAUGAGGUCUUGGAUUGCUUCAAGAGGUACCGCCUAAGGUCCAAAGUUGAGAUCGACAACCUUGACAAUGAAUUCUCCUGUUGGCAACGCUUUGGUGGCAAUCUCUUCAACAGUGACCAAGAAAAUCUAGAACCAGAGGCUGGUUCAGUCGGCUGGGGGAUGGGUGUUGAUCGUGCUGGUGCAUCUGCUGCACACGGAAAUAAUUCAGCACCAUUGGUUGAAUCUGAUAAGGAAACCAAUGAAGAACAUUACCUGCAAUGGAGAGUAGAGAGAGGAAUCGCAGAAGGUUCAACCGAAAUUCCAAAAGGUGACGCCAUUCCUCUUGAGUACAACCUUGUGGGGUUAAACGCCAUAUCUUUUGAUAAAGGAUGCUAUGUCGGUCAGGAACUCGUUGCUCGAACACACCACCGUGGCGUAAUUCGUAAACGUUUGCUCCCAAUGAAAUUCACCGACGAUAACGGACGAGAUAUGGAGCAAAAGGUUUCCCCAGGAUCAGAAGUGAUAGAUUUGAGUUCAAAUAAGAAGGUUGGGUCUGUGAAUACCGCUCUUGGGAGUUGUGGGAUGGGCUUAUUGAAACUUGAAGACGCCUUCAAGAAAUCUGGGAAUUUGAGAAUUAAGGAGAGGGUCGAUGUGAAGGUGAAGGUUAUAAGGCCAGAUUGGUGGCCAGCAGAAUGGACACGGUUGCAUGAACAACAAACUGCAGCCGCUUAAAGAUAUCGAAAAACCUCAAAUGCCAUCUCAUUCUGCUUGUAGCAGCCCAUAUGGGGACUGAUAAUUAAGGGGCAAAAACCUCCAGCUCUGGUAUUUUAUGUCCCAGAGAUUUGGAGUUGGGUAAUUCUGGUAUAUAUUCUAGUUACGUAUUCUACCAUUCCGAGUCCAAAGUGCUUUGUAGUUGUAACAAGUUUUGAAGGUGAAUAAAAAGGUUGCUCACCGCACCUUUAAAUGC